GCCUGAGGGAGGAGGGACGGGCCGAGGGAAGGGAGGAGGAGGAGGGACAGGAGGGAGCGGGCCUGGCCCGGCCCCGCCGGGACCCCUGCCCGCCACGGCACCCCCCGACCCCGCAACGGGACCCUCCUCCGGGCCAUGGCACCGCCGCCUCGCCCGGCCCGGCCCGCAGCUCUAGCCUGACCCGACCCCCCUGCCCGGCCCCACCAUGGAGAACGAGCAGCUCCCGGCCCCGGCCCCCGCCAGCAGCUCCGGGGGCACCGCCCCGACCGCCGCCAGCACCGCGGCCACGCGCCCGCCCGGGCCCCAGAUCUCCGUGUACAGCGGCAUCCCUGACCGCCAGACCGUGCAGGUGAUCCAGCAGGCGCUGCACCGGCAGCCCAACACGGCGGCGCAGUACCUGCAGCAGAUGUACGCGGCCCAGCAGCAGCACCUCAUGCUGCAGACGGCCGCCCUGCAGCAGCAGCACCUCACCAGCGCCCAGCUCCAGAGCCUGGCAGCCGUCCAGCAGGCGAGCUUGGCGGCCAACCGGCAGAGCGGCUCCUCGGCAGGCAACGGUACCCAGCCCGCCCCGGCGCAGCAGCCCACGAUCAACCUGGCGACGUCGCCGGCGGCGGCGCAGCUGCUGAACCGGGCGCAGAGCGUGGGCCCCGGCGCCUCGGGCAUCGCGCAGCAGGCGGUGCUGCUGGGCAACGCCGCCUCACCCGCCCUCACCGCCAGCCAGGCACAGAUGUACCUGCGGGCACAGAUGCUCAUCUUCACGCCCACGGGCCCCGUCAGCGCCGUCCGGCCCGAGAGCCCCGCACCGGCCCCUCCUGCGGCCCCACCGCCUGCCCCACCACCCACCGCCCCCCAGGUGCACAGCCUGGCCCUGCGCCCCGCCGGCCCCCACCUCCCCGCCCUGGCCAUGAAGCCCCCCGGGGGUGCCCCACCCCGGGCCGGCCCCUCGGGGUCCCCCGCCCGACCCCCCACCGAGCACCUCAAAAAGGCCGAGGGGCCCGAGGCCCGCGCCCACCCCCUGGCCCGAGCUGCCCCCACCACCGCCCACCCGCUCGUCACCACAGCCUACGCCCCGCUGCAGCCCCCCCAGUUCCUGCAGCAGCCCCCGAAGCCAGUGCAGCCCCAGCAGCAGCAGCAGCAGCAGCAGUUCGUGAUCCAGCAGCAGCAGCAGCCGCUGGGCCCCCGUGGGCAGCCUCCCCCGGGCCCCCCCGGUGCCCCCCAGCUGCAGCCCCUGCCCCCCGCCAGCCCCGGCCCCGCCCCCAGCCCAAGCGGGGUCCCGCAGGGAGCGGGGGGCGAGGGGCCUCCCAACGGGCACCCUGGCUGCCACGCGGCCCCACCCCGCAAGUUCCAGCACGCAUCGGCCGUCAUCCUGCAGCUGCAGCCCGCUGGGCCCACGCCCCCUCUCGGUGUCCCCGAGGGCGCCCGCCGGGACCCGCUGCCCGCGCCGAGGAGCGCCGAGAGCCCGCCCGCCGCGCCGCCGCCGCCCCCCCUGUCCCCGCCCGCCGCGCCCGCGGGCCCCGCCACCCCCGACGGCGAGCGGCCCCCCACCCACGAGCCCCCCGAGCGCCUCCAUGCGCAGCCCCGCAUUCCCGGGAUGACCUCGGGCUCCGGCAGCGCUGCCGCCACGGUCGCCGGCGCCGCCCCCCACAAUGGUGAGAACAAACCACCCCAGGCCAUCGUGAAACCCCAGAUCCUCACCCACGUCAUCGAGGGCUUCGUCAUCCAGGAGGGCGCCGAGCCCUUCCCGGUGGGGCGUUCCUCGCUGCUGGUGGGGGCCCUGCACAAACAGUAUGCGCAGGAGCUGCUCCCGGACAAGCUGCCACCGCAGGACAACACCACCACCACCGACUCGGACAUGGAGGAGCCCUACCUGCAAGAAUCCAAAGAGGAGGGGAACCCCCCCAAGCUGAAGUGUGAGCUCUGCGGCCGCGUCGACUUCGCCUACAAGUUCAAGCGCUCCAAGCGCUUCUGCUCCAUGGCCUGUGCCAAGAGGUACAACGUGGGCUGCACCAAGAGGGUGGGUUUGUUCCAUCCCGACCGCACCAAACUGCAGAAACCGGGGGGGCCCCCCCACGGGCGGCGCCGCAGCUGCAAAGGGACCCUGCCCCCCCUGGGCAAGGACAGCAAGAAACAGCCCCCGGGCCGUGUCCCAGCGGCGUCGCCGUCGUUGUCGCCGCAGCUCAACCACAGCCAGGAGGAUUCGAGCCGCUGCUCCGACAACUCGAGCUACGAGGAGCCGCUGUCGCCCAUCUCCGCCAGCUCCUCCACGUCCCGGCGCCGGCAGGGGGAGCGGGACCUGGAUCUGCGGGAGAUGGAACUGCCCGACGUGCACGGCCGGGACCUGCCCGGGCUCGGCCACCGCUUCCUGCCCAGCGAGCCCAGCAAGUGGAACGUGGAGGACGUGUACGAGUUCAUCCGCUCCCUGCCCGGCUGCCAGGAGAUCGCGGAGGAGUUCCGGGCGCAGGAGAUCGAUGGGCAGGCGCUGCUGCUGCUCAAGGAGGACCAUCUGAUGAGCACCAUGAACAUCAAGCUGGGCCCCGCCCUCAAGAUCUACGCCCGCAUCAACAUGCUCAAGGACUCCUGAACUGGGGGGAGGGACACCCCCCAAAACACCACCACCCUCCCCACGGGACCCCCCAAAACACCCCCCUGGCCCCGGGGAGGGGGUGGGUGGUGGUGGGGGAGACCCCUGUGAGCACAACCCGAGCCCGGGGAGCCCCCGGGGGUGUAAAUAGCCCGUAGCUCUUAGAGCCCCCCCCUCACAGUCUGGGGGGUCACCCCCUCUUCUCCGGCAGGGAGGGGGGGUCCCCACGUCCCCCCCGUGCCCCUCACACCCCCCUCCCCAGUCGGCAGGGCCAAGCAGGAUGGUUGCCUUAAUGUGAGCCCCUCCCCCAGCUGGGAUUUUGGGGGUCCCUGGAGGGGGGGGUUGGGGAGGGGUGGGGUUCACACACACCCCCCCCCACGCUGGGCUGGUUUGGGGGCACCUCAGUACAGGAUGGUGGGAAGGGGGGGCCCCCCCCAGGCAGGUAAGGACCCCCCCACUCCCUCUCUCCCACCCCCCACGGCCACCGCGGCCUUUUUAAGAAAAGAAAAGGAAAAAAAAUAGGAAAAAAAAAUAAAACCCGGCCCCUCCCCUCCUGGGCUGGAUUUUGGGUUGUUUUUAAUAAACA